GCCCGUGUUUCGGUUCGUGCUCGCGACCCCGCGUGCGAACGACCCGCUGAUGGACUCCUUUUCGACUCCUUCUCUUUCGUUCACGACGCGUGUCCUUUCGGGGGAGGGGAGAGGGAUGGGGAGGAAGCGGUGUCAAUGAGCCUGUGCCAAUCCUACGGACGAUUUUUAUCCGAUUAUUUCGGGGAAUCCCAGUUGAAAGAGUUUCUUUGUGGUUCAACCGUUGAGGAGGACUUAACUGGUGAAAUAGUACGUAAUGAUGGAUUUAAUGGUUUGAAGGAUAGUCGAGUAAAAUGUCGAGUGAAAAAGAAGUAAAUGAAGUAUACUUAAUUGAUCAUCCUGGAACUUAUUUUUUUAUUCAACAGUUUGGAACAGUUGUUGACGUUGAAGUUAGAUUUAAUAAUAAUAGUUUCUUAUCUCUUUUAAAGUUUUUUUUUUUUGUAUUUUCUUUUCUUUUCUUUUUAGUUUUCUCUUCUUUUGCUUUUUAAUAGUUUUAAUUUUUUCCAAGCCGAUCGUUAUCGAAGAGAAGAUAUUCGCAAAUACGGAAGUUUUAUUAUGGAUGAUUGUAACAGGUGCUGUUUCUCCCAUAGUUCGCGCGCAACAAUACGCAUGUGAUCUGUUUGAGAAUAAUAAGCGAUGACGCGUACCACGUGCCAUACCACGGGAUGACGUAAAGGUUUGACGUCGAAAAUGUAUUUGGUCUUAUCGCUUUUGCCCUUGCAUUCCUAGAAAACAAGGUUCAUUUGGAUAUCCGUUUUAUUUCUUUUCUUUCCUUUUUUUUUUUUUUUUGAACGAAGUCUCUUUCCAUAAAAAUAAAUUUAUACAAAUAAUAACGAAAUACGGUUAUUUAUUUCUUAUAAAAUGUAAAUAAAUAAAAAGUUCUAAAAAAAAGUUAUUUUCUGUAUAUUCACAAAAAAUAAAUAAAUCUUCUAUGAGAUUAGAGUUUAUUGAAUUUAAUAUUUUAAAAAAAAUAUUUACUUUUAUUAUAUUAAUAGUUUUUGGAAAUCUAAAAUAAUUAAAAUAACAGGAAAUAAAUGGAUGAAAAGAUGGUGAAGAUAAAAUAUUUAUUUUAUUACUCCAAUGAAAUUGGAGAAGUAAAUAUAUAUUUCUAAAUAUAUUAAUCAUCUGUAGUAGCAAUUCUGAUUCAUAAUUAAAAAUAAUUCGGAAUUUAUUUCGGAAAACUACACACGUCAAUAAUUUUUCUUAUUCCCAAUAUUGAUCCGAACUCGUAUGGUAAAGUUAUACGAAUCAUUCGCGAUCGAAGCUAGUGACAUCUGACAUCGAAGAACCUAAUUUUGUAGAGAAACAAUAUUAUCGACGUAGAAAUAUCUCCGUUUUCAUUUUUGUCGAUAACAGAGAUAUCUGCAAUUUUCUCAUUUCUCGAUAUAUCGGUGGAAUUGGUACGAUAUAAAUUAAGAAAUCGGCGAACAAUAUGCUACUUCUUUCAAUUACCCGAUUCCUUUGUGUCUUAAAAUUAAACUUUUCUUAACGAUAAAUUCGUAAAAUUAGCAUUUCAAAUUAAUAAGAAACUUUUUUAUACAAUUGUUUUAAAUAAAAAGUACUACUUUUUGCUAUAAUUUCUGUAAUAUCAUUACAGAAAAUAAACUCUUUAUUCGAAGAAAGAAAAUAAUUCUAUACCACGAUGUUUAAAUAUGAAUUCAAACUGAAUUAAUUUUUAAAGAUCAAUAGAAUAUUCGUGUAUUGAAUUUUUCUAUAAAUAGAAAGCUCCCCAAAAUUCAACUAUAUCGAUACAUGUUUCAAGCUUGGGUGCUUCGAUCUUGCACCCUUUGACCUUCUAAUUUUUCCCACUUCCCUAUAGAAAAAUUCCGUUUCAAAAGAUAAAAACUUUCGUUCAAAAGAAUCAUAUUCUUUUUCUCUCGUUCCCAAUUACCAUUUCCAAUAUCCAAUAAUCUACGACAUCGUGUUUCUUUUUUCCCUUUUUUAAAUCGUGCAAUCUUUUCUCUGAAAUGAAAGAGCGGGGAAGAGGAGGAGGGUGGGAGGGGAAAGGAGAAUUGAAUGAGAAACGGCCAAAAACUUCUCUCGGCCCAAACGAAAAACAACAGCAUAACCGUACCCUUGUUUCCGUCAAGGAUAUACGAGCAUUUGGCGAUCGACUUCCAUCAUCCCCUCGGAAACGUUCUCUCUAUCCAACGGUUCCGUAAAGCUCGUUCGAAAAUACAGGUCUGCGAGAAGACCCAAUGUUCCAGAUCCUUCCGAGGAAAGGUUCCCUCGGCAAGGACCUCGAAAAGGCCUCCGUAAAUUCUCCUCCCACCCCAGAGAAUCCGCCCCUCGACCGGCAGAGAGACUGCUGCGUCGUGAACACGUGUGCAGGGAGGUUCGGUUCGGCUGGCUGCGUGUGCGUGUAGCAGAAGAAGGAAGAGAGUCCAGGCGGGCAGAGAGUAAAGACCACAGACGCACGCAAACAUGCGUGGACGCCUCCACACCGUUCAAAGUAAGCACCAACACGCGUGCAACGAUCCGUCGUCGACUCCGACAUCAUCCUCGUCGUCCUAGACGUUUCUCUGCCUGCGCUGGAUAUAUGCUGCAGAGUGAGAAAGAGAGGGAGAGAGAGGGAGACGGAGACAGAGGCCGAAAGAGGAGGAGGGUGGAGGAGGAGGAGGAGGAGGAGGGUGGGAGGAAGGGUGGGAGGGAGGGGAGGAAACAGGCUCGACUGCUCCCCCUAAUACUGCAGGAUUGAAUGGGCGAGGAGGGUGGUAUUGGGUUCCCUCACCCCACUCCCACCACCCACACGCCGCUAGCUCCCAACCCACCCGCACCACCCACUUCUGUCCGCCUGCCACCCCGCCUGCCCACCCACUCGCCACCCGACUGCCGUCGAGGAAACAACCUGCAACCGAACCAGCACAACGUUUCCUCGAACAACGAAUUUCCAUCGAGGCACGUCCCGAGUUCUCGUCACACCGCCGACAAAACCCAAGUGAGUAUUCUCGUGCACGCACAGUAUCUUCAGCCUCGGUGUCUUCAUCUUUUUUCUCUUUCUUCUUCUUCUUCUUCUUCUUCCUCCUCUCCUCCUCCUUCUUCUUCUCCUUCUUCUUCUUCUUCGUCGUUCUCCUACUCGAUGAACUCGUUCGCGCGCGCUUCAAUUUUUCCCUUGCACACGGGACCCCCCCAUUCCGCGUCUUUCUCUCCUCCUUCCGUUCCCGUCCUUCUUUCUUCCGCUCGUUCCACUCUCAACGAACGACCAAUAACCACGGGAUCCCGAUCUUCCGCAAGCUUUUCUCGUUUUUUUUCCCCCCACAUCCAGAAUUUUUUCCCUCCUCGUUAUGCGCCCUCGAUUCUAUUCCGCGUUACACGUUAUAGCAGCGUGCCACGAAUAAAUCGAAUCGAAACGAAUGGACGGAACCCGAGAAGCGACGACGACGACGAUCGAUCGAAGAGCAAGAGUGACGACAGAGUGACGUGAGGAGCGUGACGCGAAUAGAGCCGCCGAACGCGAGAGGAAACGUGUGUGUGUAUCGUGUGUGCAUCGCGAGGCAAAGUUAUACAUGGUCGCCGAGAAGACAGCGUCCUCGCGCAGCCAGCUCGAAAAACUUUGUUCCGAGUGCGUGUAUAUUCCAACUCCGCACCAGGGGGACGAGGGAACGCGCGUACGACGCUGGCUCGCGCGCGAGUGGAUCGUGCUAGUCUCGCGUCACGGUGCACGGUACGCGUACGAGUGAACCGAGAAGAGAAUGCAUCGCGUGUGCGUGUCCCGCUCGCGCUACGUCGGCAUACGUCGAUUCCUCCUCGCGUGUGUCCCGUCUAUGCGCGCUUCUACGAUGGCGCACGAUCGUGCAACAUCAGAGAUCGAACAGACGUUCCCGCAACGUUCUCGCAACGAAGGCCAGAAGAGCGGUGAUCCAACCGGGAGAAUUGCUCGAUUGCGAUCGAAAUUCAGCUACGCGUCGGUUACGUGUCUCGUCGCGGCUACUGUGUCUUCCAAAGUGUUAUACAGACACCGCUGUGUAUUUAUAAAUCGCUGUGUGCGCCCGUAUGUACGCGCGCAUGCAUGGAGGAGUGGCGCGCUCGCCGUCCUUGGUUAGUCGGUAGACGUGGGUUUAUUCUUCCGAGGAUAGUGGGUGACCGACGAGGGCUCGGAAGAUGGAGGGUAGCGGCACGGGAAUUAGCAGGCUCGACUGCUACGAGGAUAUGUUUAAAGAGAUAACCAGGAAAUUGUACGGCGAGGAUCCUGAUCACAGAACCUCGAGCGUUCAGAACGAGUUUGAAACUUCCGUUUCGUACAAGACCGAGGAGGACACCGGAAACGGGACCGAUGGUAGCGAUGACGGAAACUGGACUUGCGAGGAGGAACCUUUGAAAGGAACCGAUGGAAGUCGUAUUGCUGCUUAUCACGCUGGAAAAGCAACAUGGAGAUGUUACGAAUGCGGGGACGUGAUGGGUGGUGGACCUCGCGACGUUGCAGAGCAUUUCAUGGAACUUCAUUCGUCGAGAAUCCUUGCUGACGAAAGGAACAGACAUCAUUCCCCGAGGAAGGACUAUUUGCAGACAGAGUUGAAAGUUGAAGACGUGAUAUCUUAUUUGGAGAGGUUGCGAGAAAGAGCAGAAAGAAGUGCGCCUCCAUCAAGAAGGACCCAAGAAACGCAGACGGUUCCUGCAGCUUUGCUACCGGUACCUUCCACUUUUCUGUUACAAGAGUUGCCAUCCGCUCCUGCACCACAACAUUUACACCAGAACGCUACAACAAUGCCAUCGUCAGCGUCAGUAUCGGCAAGCGGGAAGCGUUACACCUGUCCAUAUUGCCCGUACGGAACCGAUCGUCGUGAUCUGUACACCAGACACGAGAACAUCCACCGCGAGGAGAAGCCGUUCCACUGCUACAUAUGUUACAAACCGUUCAAUCGCGCCGAUCACGUGAAGAAGCAUUUCUUGAGGAUGCAUAGGGAGCACGGAUACGAGUUAUCCAGGAUACGUAGACCGGCGGGAUCGACAGCGCCCAAGCCCCUUCAACAAGAGUCCGGAACAGGGAGCGGCGCAAGCACGAGUGCGAACGGGCAACAGCAGCAGCAGCAGCAGCCGCCACAGCAGCAGCCACAGCAGCAACCGCAGCCACAGCAGCAGCCGCAGCACGCGACUUAUUCAGGCUUUAAUAACAACAAGAGUUACCAAUUGCAGCCGAGUUCUGCCGCUAACACGGCUGCAGUCGCGGCGAUUUACCAAGGAACGUCGAUGCCUGCACCAGGUAUCAUGCAACCGGAUACCGCGAGUUGCAGUGCUACAGGGAGGAGGGUGCAGAACGGGGGCUGCAACAGCAAAAGCCAUCUUAAGGGAGGCUCGAAAGGAGCCCAGGAGCGGAGGUACACCUGCUGCUAUUGUUCUUGGAGUGGCGUAGACAACUGGUGCCUUAAACGGCACUUGAACACGCAUCUGAAACCGUUCGCGUGCACCUUGUGCGAGUACAAGGCCGCACGCGCCGAGCGUCUAGCCACCCACGUGUUGAAGGUGCACAACAGACGACAAUGCUCAAGAUGCUCGUUCCUUGGCGAAGAUGCGGCACAACUUCAGAUGCACCAGCUGCAUGUGCAUCGCGUCAGCAGUGCCAACGCACCCGCGACGUCCUCGGCUCAAGCUGCUCCACCACCGACCAAUCGUCAUCAGCAACCUUUACAUCCCGCGGGAGGAGGUCGACCACCACCUGGUCCGCCAGUUUUUCCAGCCCCAGCACCGGCCAUAGCACCUGCCACCACCGUGAUACCACCGACAACGAUACUCGGCCACGAGAUGGUAAACUCCCCUGCAACUGCAGCGACAAUGGCGUACCCGACCUUGGAGGAGGAGGAGAGGCGGUCGAGCGGUGACGGGCACGGCCACGACCACGAGCAACGUCGUCGCCAUCGUCACGCCAACGACGACGCCAACCACGAUCACCAUCGAACCGAGAUACAGAGCCGCGACCACGGUUCGUCUCGAGCCGUUGUUUCCGCGUCGUCGUGCCCAGUCGAGCAACAACACGACGUUGUACACGACGACGAACCGUGCACCGGUUGUACCAAUCACCACAACCACCACCACCACCACCUCACUUCUACUAUACUUAAUCGUGAUUUUGCGCACAGCUACCGAGCCGUUCCCGAAGAGUGCAAUGCACCCUCCCGAUCGACCGGGGCCACCACGUCCUUCGAUUGCGUUUUGCCGGUCGAGAACGUCGAGAGGAAGCCGAACGCGAGGCAAAGGCCGAGGAAGCAGAGUCAGCCGAGGAAGGUAACUUGGAACCAAGACUUCGUGGACGACGAUUCCUUCGAAGAAUUGGGCGGAGGGGCGGAGGAACAACAGCAGGUGACUGAAAAGGAGGAAGCGAGCCCCGAGGAAUCAGCGAAGCCGGCUGAGAAACAGUUGGACGAGUUGAAGGAACGUUACCGACUUCAGCUAACCAAACGAAAUCUGCUCAAAUGCCGGCUCUGCCCCGACGACGCGCCGGCCAGAGGGGCUGUUUGCCAACCCUACCACACCAAGGCUUCUCUAACGCUACACAAACUGUGGAGGCACGAGAAACGCAAGAGGAGCCUGAAUACGAUCCCCGAGGAUCGCCCGUUGUCCCAGGUGUCAUCCUCUAUCACGUUGAAGGCGACGGUAUUCACCAACCCUGAAUACGUGUACAACAGAUAACAGUUGGUCUCGAGAGGGACAGACGAACGCGAAGAUGGAUCUCGAAACGCAUUGGUUCUAGAUCCAGAGACACUUUGAUACGGGUGGGAGGGUGGGAGUACGUGUUCUCUUCCAAGUGUGAUCAAUCUCGUGAUUAAACGCCUCUGUAACGAUAAUAUUUAUAUGUGAUUUCGCGAGAAUUGCGAGAAUUGAUCGACCAGAGAUGAUUUUUCUUACUUGGAAUGGCGUAUCGUUCAAAGAUAUUCCAAGGACUUGCCACAACGAGUCUGAACACCGAUGCGAAAAUUGCGAGGAGAGAUUUUUUUAUUGCUUCGGAUGUUUCGUCGUUUCAAAGAUUUUUCCAAAGACUCGUUGUGACUGGUCCUUACCAUUAAGACCGAUCCAGUGCCUUUCGACAUCCAACUUCCGACUAAUUCAGGGUAUAUAAAUCGAGCUUCUCGAUACUAGUUGAUCCGUCGUCUCCUCAUCGAAGGACUGAAACGCGGGCGAAAUGAGAUAAAUUGUUCGUUCCUUGGGAGUUUCGGUGUUCCUAGAAAUUUGUAGAAUAUUGGACCACAUCGCCGAAAUGUUGACUAGAAUAUUGGACCACGUUGCAGCAAACGAGAAAUAUUGAGAGAGGAAAAAAAAAAAAAAAAAAUAGAAAGCAAGAAAGAGAAACGAAAAAUCUUUCCUCGUAGCCAACGAAAACAAUUUUAGAUAGAAAAAAAAUUGAAUCAUCGAAGUGGUUAAAUGGACAACAGAUAGGGACAGAAUUUUUUGAUUGCGAAAGAAACGAGAGGAGAUGAUUUUGAUGAAAGAAUUGAAACGACGAAAAAAAGCGUUAGCGUUAUAUUCGUAUAAAGAAGCUAAUGUAAAAUGUAUCUUGACUCGAGUUUUGAUAAUUCACUCGUGAUUAGAACACACGACUCCUCGAGGAAUAACAUUUAAAAUCAUAUUUUCAUGUGAUCGAUAAAUUGUGUAAAUUUAAAAGAUAAAAAAAAAAGAAAAAAAAAGAAAGGGAAAAAAAGGAAGGAAAAGAAAAAGAUAAAAAAAAACAAAAAAAACAAGAAAACGAUGUUAAUGUUUGACGAUCGUCUCCAAUCGAUGUCUUGUGCGUUUGUCCAUCGUCCGUCUUUGCAAUUAAAUAAUACAUAGUUAACUCUCGUUUUUCGAUCGAUAUGGACUUUAUAAGCGUAAGUUACAAUUUUCAGAAUGGACUAUUGCAAAGAAUACGAAAAGGAAAUAACUAGAGAUUGAGCCAUGUGAUCCGCGAAAUCGAUGGGUGGCCAAGAGACGAGCAUGAUUUUUAUAUAAGAAAUAUUUGUACAAAAUUAAUAUCUUGUUUAUGUUAUUAUAUGAAAUAUAUUAUAUCUAUUGUAUUUAAGCAGAGGACGUGAUAAGCCAAGAUAAAUGUAGAUUUCCAGAGAACCUACUUCGCUUCAUUCUCUGGAAUUCUACAAUUUUCGGCACGAUCCUUCUUUUUGUCAGACGCUCUUUUAUUCAUGCAUAAACGAAUAAAUUUCAUUUCAUUAAUUAUUAUAAUUAUUUUCCUUUUCAGAUAUUUUAUCUCGUUUCCUUUUUAAAUUAAAUGUUCCUUUUUUAAUUAAAUAUCACAAUCGUAACUUUUAUUACGAUACAACUUUUUUCUUAAUUAAUUAAUUAAUUGGUGUAUAUAUUAAUAUAAUAUAAUAUGUUAAUAUAAUUAAUUUUAUAUUAUUAAAUUUCUUAAAAUAUAUUUUUUGUGAAAGAAUUUCUAAUGAAAAAGUUAUAACCGUGAAUAAAAUAAAAUAAAAAUAUGUUGAAAUCA